ACUCUUUUAUGUUAUUAAUGUAUUCCUGUCGGCCAAAGAACUAGCAAGUCACAUUGAUUAUACUUUUUAAGAAUCAAUAAAAAAAUUAAAAUUCUAAUCAACAAAGUGCUACCACUUUUCAACACUGGGUGGCGCCCAAAAACAGUACUGUACAGACAUUUCCUCCAAUUUGUCAAUUUGCUUGUGCUUAAAGAACGUGUUCUUUUGGUGAUAAGCAGUGUUCUGUUUGUGCCAAACAUACCUUUUACAAAUAAGGAUAAAAAGUUAAACUUUGGUUUCAUCAGACCAUAACACAUUUACUUAUACAUGCAGUUGGGAGAGUUCAAGUGUGUAAAGAGUUCAAAAUAUCAGUCAGUGUUAGCACACAAUUUUCAGGCUUCUGCUACAACGGAAAAAAUAAAAAUAAAUCAUGAAAAGCUUACUACAGCAUCUAAAUAUUUUUGUGGUUAUCAGGGGCACUUUAAACGGUGGCAGGUGUGUGCUGAGACGAACUCCCAUUUAACAUAAAUUUGAAUGUGUGUGGUUAAUUCUGAACAUAGUCACAUCCCAAUUAUAAGAGGGUGUGCACACUUGUGCAAACACUUUCUCAGUUGUUUUUUUUACUUCCCCUCUCGAAAGAUUUUUUUUUAAAAGUACAGGCAAUAGGUUACAUUAAUGGUGGAAAAAGUUGUGAAAUUAUUUAUCUAAAGUCUCAUUUUUAAAUCACAAAAUCUGGCAUUUGAACGGGGUGUGUAGACUUUUUAUAUCCACCGUAGAGUCAUAGCAGGGAGUGUUAUGUGAUAUUAGCCAUCCAUUUGAUCAAAAAAAGUACUUUUUCCCAAUCUCAGCAGUGUAUAACAGGUGUAAACACACAUGGUUUGUCUGCGCAGAUCUUCAGUCAUCCAGGUCAUUGGCAAUCUGAAGAAAAAAAACUGAAAGGCACCUGAACAUUUCUUGGUUGUUGAAGACAUUUGACUGAAAUUUAGGAAAGGUGAAACAUUAAAUCCUUAACUUUUGCGGAUGAGAAAUGGUAUAGUCUUUGAACUAAAUACUCUCUUUAACAACUUUAAACCGACUGGAUAUUUUCAGGGUCUGAUUAAUGUUUAACUUAGGUGACGUUGGAUGUGCAGUGUUGUUACAAUUCCCAUAGAUAAGGCUCGUCUAUAACAGGAAGUGACUGGUGUUUUCCCAUAUAUGGAAUGUUUUUUUCCCAUUCCUAGGCCUACAUAUAGAGGAUGUGAAGUAUGUGAAGCAAGCACAGCCUAAAGCCAUUCAGUCUAUGCUGCUUGUGCUGAUUCAUCGGGGGGGUCAACUCCUGAGGUGCGGAUGAAGAAACAAAUUUUGCACUUAUUCACAUUCAGAGGGAUAGUGAGCAAAGGCAAAAAGGGAAAAAAAAAAGGAAAAUGGCCAAUUUUGUAUUACGGACGGCCCAACCAAACGAUGUAUGUGAUAUCUUGCGACUCAUAAAGGAACUUGCAAAAUUUGAAGAGAUGGAAGAGCAGGUCAUCCUGACCGAGAAAGAGCUACUUGAAGAUGGUUUUGGAGAUCAUCCAUUCUAUCACUGCCUGGUUGCUGAGGUGCCAAAAGAAAAGAAAACAGCUGAAGGGCACACUGUAAUUGCCUUUGCCAUGUAUUACUUCACUUAUGACCCUUGGAUUGGAAAGCUUCUCUACUUGGAGGACUUCUUCGUCAUGCCCGAGUUUCGGGGGUUUGGCAUCGGCUCAGAGAUUCUGAAGGUCUUGAGUGAGACGGCAGUGAGGACUCAAUGCAGCAGCAUGCACUUCAUCGUGGCGGAAAACAACGCAAAGUCUAUUGAAUUCUACAAGAGAAGGGGGGCAACUGACCUUUCCUCCCAGGAAGGCUGGCACCUGUUUGCCAUUGACAAGGAGGAGUUGUUGAAAAUGACAACCAAAUAAAAUAAUUGCUGUUCAUUCACCUCUGUUUUCUACAGGCAGUCUUGAUAAAUACAUGUACGUAUCCACAAUUCUGCUACAUUAACACUCCUGUUAUGUUUGUUUCUUUGGAACACCAAAAAUUAUUGAAAUCAUUGGGAAAAAGAAAUAUAAAAUCUACAUUAUAUUUACACUUUAUAAUAUUUUAAAAAUAUUUUCUUGUUAAAAUUUUAAAUGGGUACAUUUGGCCCACAAUAUAACAGGGGAGUGAAAUACUACUAGGUUUGGUGAAAUAUAGCAUAAACUAUUGAACUACAUAAAAAUCUCUGUCACAAUAAUAUGCUACAAAAAUGUAAAUCUUGUGAUGCAGGGGGAAAAAAUAUAUAAAUUUUAUUCAAAUGUAUUCAUAGAUUCAAUUCUAAGCUGCAUUUCUGAUUGUCUGAAUCGUGUGUAAUGUUGGAGAGAUUUCCAAUAUAUUGUUAUGGUUUAAAGAACAUUUCACAGACCUUUAAUA